AAUUUAAUCAAGAAAAUCACUUUUUCAGCCGACACUGAAAUACUUUUGCUUGGCUUUAACAAUUACACUAAGAGAUUGACAUGCUUUAUGAAAUGUCUAGGGGAGGAUAAGAAAAUCUUUAUGGGUGGAAAACUGAACGCUGGCGAAACAUUAAGAAUGAUGGAAAUAGCCACGCAGGACACGCCGGAUCAAAUGGAAAAAGGGUUCAACGGAUUUUCGCAAUGUUCGUCACAAACAGGCGUCGAUGAGUGCGCCGUGGCUGCAGCUUCCUAUGACUGCGGCGUUGAGAAAAUUCCCGACAUAACGAAGAAAAUGGUGGCAAACGGAAAAGGCAGCCCUGUCGAGUUGAUUCCAUCUGUCCCCUGCGUGCCUGCCAGAAAUUGCAUUACAGAUUCGUUGCCAUGCGUCGUAAAUCAAACUCUGGUUGAUCAAAUUGCAAACACUAAUCAAACUUCAAUUGGGCACAUGCGAACGUCGAAAUAUCAAAAUAGGCGAUUCUUCAUGUCAAAUUACAUAACUUUCAAUGUAUCGACGGCUCACCAGUACUGCUGCUCCAUAGGAAUGCGGCUGAUGGAGUUUGAUACGUUUGAAGAUAUGCAAGAAACUGCGGCCAGCGUACGGCAAUUGGGUUUGGUUAACAAUUAUGUUGUACUUUCGGAGGUGAUGUCCGUUGACUCUACGACCGAAGUUUGGUGUGGAAGUCGAAGACGAAUCAACGCCACUUUGUACGGCCCUAGUUUUGGUUUAUCACCCCCUGCUUUGUCAUGCACUCCUCAGAUUUACUUCAUGCAUGCGUCAUACACUAAUUAUGGCGCUUACAGCCCAGCAGCAGGUCUUCUUUUAGCUUCAGAUGUUCCUGUCGUUGCUUAUUUUGUUUGCGCCAACAAUUAA